AUGUCUGUGUCUGCAUCCGUUUCCGCCUCCGCCUCCUCCAACCUCCCAUCCGAUUCUCGCUCCUCAGGACCCCUCCGUCGCCUGAGCCAACUGCGUGCCUAUACUCAGCAGCAUUUCUCCUCUUCAUCCUCUGCUACCGCCUCCUCCUCGCACCCUUCUGCCUCGUCAUCCUCGUCCAACGGUCCCCGCAUCUCGCGUCGUCAUACCCUCAGCAGUCGAGUUUCCUGGUUUUCUCCCGCCUCCACCGGGACCGAAUCUUCGCAACUCUCGCCUGUGGGGUCUCGCUCGUCGGGCCCAUGUCCCGAGAGUGAGCAGCCAUCCACUCUUGCCCGCUAUAGUGCGGUUUUUUUCCCCAGCUACCGCGGCCUUGAGCUCGACUUGCGUUCCUCCCGCCAGUCGGACCUGUCCAGCUCUUCCCCUUCUAACCACUCCGGUGGCCGUGAGACGACAACUCAAGGCACGACCAUGGCGCGGCCCAGAGGUGCCUCUCAGGCGCUGGAUGCGAGACCUGAUCUCGAUGCUACCACUCCAUCGGCCUCCAAUCUCCACGCCGGAGCUUUGGACUCGUCCGACCCGGUGAUGUCGGAGAACCCGUCGACUGCGUCCCCGCGACCGAAGCAGAAAGCGACCAUUCGCUUCUUCCCCCAUCAAGACUCCCACCAAAGCUCCCGCCCUUCCUUACCUUUCAUCCCCGUCUCGCGAACGCUUCCGUCCGAAAGUUGCGUCAUCCGAGUUGGUCGGUACUCGGAACGCGAUGGUCUGCCGGUGGCCAACCCCACGGACCCCUCUGAUGCUCCGGUCGGGUUCAAGUCAAAGGUCGUGAGUCGGAAACACUGCGAGUUCUUAUACCUGAACGGCCAGUGGCAUAUCAAGGAUGUUGGAAGCUCGUCGGGGACGUUUCUCAAUCACAUGCGCUUGAGCCAGCCGAACAUGCCCUCUCGGCUGUAUACCGUGAAGGAUGGAGAUAUUGUGCAGCUGGGGAUUGACUUUCGGGGAGGCGAGGAGAUGAUUUUCCGUUGCGUCCGUAUACGGAUCGAGUGUAAUCGGUCCUGGCAGCAGCAGCCGAAUGAAUUCAAUAAAAACACCGAGAGUCUGAUUCGGAAUCUGGGCAAGGGAGAUACAGCGGAUUAUUCUGGAUGUCGGGAGUGCUCCAUUUGUCUUGGCUCUGUUCUGCGGCCUUAUCAGUGUUUAUUCAUGGCAGCCUGUGCCCACGUCUGGCAUUACAAAUGCGUUAGUCGUCUUAUCCACACGCCAGACUACCCCAUGUUCCAAUGUCCCAACUGCCGUGCCUACACCGAUUUGAGCGCCGAGGUCGAUGAUACGAACGACUUUGACGAGGAGGACGAAAAGAAGGACACUCCAGAGGACAAGCAGGAUACCACCGAUGCAUCUCGGUCACAAACGAAUUCCCCCCAGUUGGAGGCCCAACCAGCCCCUUCUGGCGACGAACCCCGCCAGGAUAAUCUGCCGGCCGAGGCAGGCCUCGCUGCCAAUAUUGAGAGCAUGCGUCUGCAAGACACAGAUGCAUCCGAUGAUGCGCGGCGUCCCCGCGCUCCCACGUCCAAUAAUGAUGGCGCCUCUGCCAAUGCCGAUAAUGAAGUCCCUGGCUGGCAGUCCGUGACCCAGUCCCCCAAUGCUCUGCAGACCCGUCAGUCCCACCUGCGUGCGGACACCCCUGUCCGGUCGGAGUCGUCUGAUGACAAUCCUCUGACCCCAUUGAAUGAUUCAGGGCCCCUUGCCCUUGACGGCCGGGCCGCCAUGCCUUGA